CCGAGAAUUAGCAAGUCCCGCGCUUGCGCACUGCAGCGGUGGCCUGUGGCGCGGCUGGCGCAAGGCGUUUCGGUGGUGUGAAGGCCAGCGUCGCCUCGAGCCGUCGCAACCAUGAGCGGGACCUUAGCGAAGAUCGCGGAGAUCGAAGCCGAGAUGGCCAGGACUCAGAAGAACAAGGCUACAGCACAUCACCUUGGGCUGCUUAAGGCUCGACUUGCUAAGCUUCGAAGAGAACUCAUCACCCCUAAAGGUGGUGGUGGUGGUGGUCCAGGAGAAGGUUUUGAUGUGGCUAAGACAGGUGAUGCUCGAAUUGGGUUUGUGGGUUUCCCGUCUGUGGGGAAGUCAACUCUGCUGAGUAACCUAGCAGGAGUGUACUCUGAAGUGGCAGCUUAUGAAUUCACUACUUUGACCACCGUGCCUGGUGUUAUCAGAUACAAAGGAGCCAAGAUCCAGCUCCUGGAUCUCCCAGGUAUUAUUGAAGGUGCCAAGGAUGGGAAAGGCAGAGGUCGUCAGGUCAUUGCAGUGGCCCGAACAUGUAAUUUGAUCUUGAUUGUUCUGGAUGUCCUAAAACCCUUGGGACAUAAGAAGAUCAUUGAAAAUGAGUUGGAAGGCUUUGGGAUUCGAUUGAACAGCAAACCCCCCAACAUUGGCUUUAAGAAGAAAGACAAGGGAGGCAUUAAUCUCACAGCUACUUGCCCUCAGAGUGAAUUAGAUGCUGAAACAGUGAAGAGCAUCCUGGCUGAGUACAAAAUUCACAAUGCUGAUGUGACUCUGCGUAGUGACGCCACAGCUGACGACCUCAUUGAUGUGGUAGAAGGAAACAGAGUUUAUAUCCCCUGUAUCUAUGUAUUGAAUAAGAUUGAUCAGAUCUCCAUUGAGGAAUUGGAUAUUAUCUAUAAAGUGCCUCACUGCGUACCCAUUUCUGCCCAUCACCGCUGGAAUUUUGAUGACCUAUUGGAAAAGAUCUGGGACUACCUGAAACUAGUUAGAAUUUACACCAAACCCAAAGGCCAGUUACCAGACUACACCUCUCCGGUGGUACUGCCCUACUCCAGGACCACGGUGGAAGAUUUCUGCAUGAAGAUUCACAAAAACCUUAUCAAAGAAUUUAAAUACGCUUUGGUCUGGGGUCUUUCUGUGAAGCAUAAUCCUCAGAAAGUGGGUAAAGACCAUACACUGGAAGACGAAGACGUCAUUCAGAUUGUGAAGAAGUGAAACCUUGUUCCCCACCUGCUGACUGGCCACAGCAGUGUUCCUUAUGACCAAGUACCCUCCUCAACCCUUCUGUCUUUGGCAGCCAUUGGAUUGGGAUACAGGCAUAGAUAUGGAGACUCCAAACUGUAACAUCAUUUGUCUUUUUUGUUUUUGAGGUAGUGGCCUAUUUAUUUCAGACUGGCCUUGACCUCUAGCUGGGAGUGGCCUAGAAUCCUCCUUUGUCUGUCAGCCUGCAUCUCCCGAGUGCUGGGCUUACCAGUGUGUACUUGCACCUCAGCAGCCUCACCUUUCUUGCCUUGGUGUCUCUUCUCUUGAACUGUGUAAACCCGGAUGGGCGCA